AUGAAAUUAAUCACUGCCAUCGCCGGCCUCGUCGCCGUCGAAGGCGUUGCAGCCCUCAAUUUCCAAUCCAACCUGCAAUCAGUCCUCCAAUCGGUACUGAAACCCAACGAAGGACAAUUGCGCAAGCCAAAUAUCCUCUUCGUCAUCACUGACGACCAAGACUUGCAACUCGACUCAAUCUCCUAUACCCCCCUAAUCUCCAAACACAUCCGCGACCAGGGCACCUUUUUCCGCAACCAUUUUGUUACAACAGCGCUAUGCUGCCCGUCGCGCGUGAGUCUAUGGACCGGUCGCCAGGCACACAAUACAAAUGUGACCGAUGUCCAUCCACCAUACGGCGGAUAUCCCAAAUUCGUUGAGCGUGGCUUCAACGAUGAUUUCCUCCCGCUGUGGCUCCAAGGGGCGGGUUAUGAUACGUAUUACACCGGGAAAAUGUUCAACGCACAUACCGUGUAUAACUACGACAGCCCACACAUCAAUGGAUUCAAUGGAUCGGAUUUCCUUCUCGAUCCUUACACCUAUUCUUAUCUCAAUUCGACUUACCAGCGAAACCAUGAACCACCGGUCAGCCACGAGGGUGAACAUACCAUCGAUGUGAUCACGGGAAAAGCACUGGGUUUCCUCGAUGAUGCACUGGCCGGGGAGAGGCCCUUCUUCCUAGCAGUGUCGCCUGUCGCGCCACAUUCGAAUGUCGAUCCUGGCGAUAUCACGUCGGGAAACUUUUACAUGUCCGCGCCCGUCCCCCUCGAACGACAUCAGCAUUUGUUCCAGGGUGUCACAGUGCCCCGGACGGCGAAUUUCAAUCCGGACCAGCCAAGUGGAGUCAGCUGGGUUCACGACCUACCCCUGCAGAACCAAUCGGUCGUCGACUACAACGAUCACUUUUAUCGUUCACGUCUGCGCGCCCUGCAGGGUGUUGAUGAAUUAGUUGAUGGGCUUGUCACCCGGCUGGAGCAGAGUGGUCAGCUAGAUAAUACUUAUAUUAUCUAUACCUCCGAUAAUGGGUUCCAUAUUGGCCAGCACAGACUGCCGCCCGGGAAGACUUGCGGGUUUGAGGAGGAUAUCCGCGUUCCCUUGUUCAUCCGUGGACCUGGCGUGGCUAAAGGAUAUGUGCAGGAUGCUGUCACUACGCAUGUGGACUUGGCGCCGACUUUGUUCCAUCUUGCGGGUAUACCGCCGAGGGAUGAUUUCGAUGGUACCGCUAUUCCCAUGACGCCCGAGUUUGAGGGUGAGCGCCAUGAACAUGUUACAGUGGAGUAUUGGGGUUCUGCUGUUGUUGAGGGUAUUUAUAGCGGCAUUGGUCCCGGAGGCUCAACCCUGAUCCCAAAUAACACCUACAAAUCCGUCCGCUUACAUGGAGACGGAUACAGUCUGUAUUACUCAGUCUGGUGCAACAAUGAACAUGAACUGUAUGAUAUGUCGACCGAUCCAUACCAGUUGAAUAAUCUGUACCCGACUUCCUCCCAGGAGGAUCUCAAUGAACCGCGCAUUCUCGGUCGCAACUUGACCCAGGCUAUCAAUCGACUCGACGCUCUAUUGAUGGUCCUCAAGUCAUGCCAGGGUGUGACUUGCAUCCAUCCGUGGGAUGUCCUUCAACCGGUAGACCCGGUUAGUACUCUCCAGGAUGCUCUAAAUGAGGAGUAUGAUGGCUUCUAUAGCGCACAGCCCCAUGUCUCAUUUGACUGGUGUGAUGCGGGAUACAUUGUUGAAGCUGAGGGGCCACAGGUGCCGUUGACUAGUCGACACGGGGUGUCUUGGGAUGUGUGGGUGUAA